UAAAGUCCGGGACCUGCUGGGAUUACAUUCUGGAACAGGCAGGCGUGGGGUGGAGCAGGGGGGUCAAUGGGAAGUUAACGGUGCAGAAGUCAUUUGUGUGCAUUGCAGACUUGGAGACACAAUGGAGGGGAACUUCACUGGAAAAAAUGUUUACAGGGAGCAUUUUGUUUCAAAAGAUUAUUUAAAAACAUACUAUUCGUUCAGCAAUGACAACUCUGCAGAAAAUGACGUGUUAACCUUUGCUUUGCAGAAACUCCACAAAGCUUUCACAUUGGAUGGCAUUAAAGGAGACACCCUGAUAGACAUUGGAAGCGGCCCUACCAUCUACCAAUUUCUCUCUGCCUGCGAGUCCUUCCGAGAGAUCUUUGCCACAGAUUACACCGACCAGAACAGGGAGGAGUUGGAGAGGUGGUUGAAGAAGGAUCCAGAAGCUUUUGAUUGGAGCCGGAUUGUGAAAUAUGUGUGUGAACUGGAGGGAGACAGGGUGAAAUGGGUGGAAAAGGAAGAGAAGGUACGAAGCACCAUCAAGCAAGUCCUGAAAUGUGAUGUGACUCAGGCCAACCCUUUGGCUCCUCUCGUGGUGCCCCAAGUCAACUGUGCACUUUCUACAUUAUGUCUGGAGGCGGCCUGCAAAGACCUGACCAUGUACCACUCAGCCUUGAAGAACGUUGGCUCCCUUGUAAAGCCUGGGGGACACCUCAUUUUAAUGGUGGCUCUUGAAGGAAGCUUCUACAAGGUUGGCCAGCACCCGUUUUCCUGCCUGUAUCUGGAGCAGGAAAAUGUAGACAACGCAAUAAAAGAGGCAGGCUUUGAUAUUUUGUGGUCUGAGUUGUCUGGACUUCAUUAUUCAUUGACCACCACUGAUAACAAAAAUGUAUAUUUCCUGGUUGGCCACAAGCGCAGUGAGGGGUAGGUGCUCAUGGGAAGUGGAAGGAAGUCCAAGGAGCUUACCAAAGGGAAAGCAAUCACUUGACAAUUUUGGCGCACUACCAGUAGCAACAUCUAGACCAGGCCUACACAUAAUGGGGAAUUCUUUAUAUACAAACAAUAAACAAAAUAUAUUCUUUUAUAAAACUAUAAGGUUUAUAAUAUUUUAAUAGUUUAGUAGCCAGCUAGAAACUUUUCUCUUUGGAGCUGUCUUCCCUGCCUGUGUUGGUAUGCUGGUACAGCUUGGCUCCAUAAGAUUAGAUAAGAGGAACAGAACACUGAACAUCUCUGUUCUCUCGAAGGAUUGCAUUAACUGGAAUGCUUAGCUCACUAUAGAAAAUGUACUGGUAUAUGAACCACCCAAGUAGCAAAAUUUGCUUUGGCAGCAGCUAAAAUCAGGGCUAAAUUCCUAAACCAAUCACAGUAAUCUUGACAAUUAAUGCAAAGUUGUUACAGGCUAAAAUAUCACUAUUUCACUGCUUUUGUUACUAUAGGUAUGUUGAUUUGGUGUUAUAUGUACUAUAUGUAUGCUGAUUUGGUGUUAUAUGUACUUUUUAUAUAUUUUAUAUAUUGUGGCGGCCAAUGGCUAUGAACAAUAAACUAUUCUAUUCUAUUCUAUUCUGGUAUAUGAAGUACUGAACAUUACCUAAUUGACUAGAACAUAAUGUAGACAGUGUAAUGCUUAUGUAAUGUCUAUGUAAUGCUUACGUGUAGCCCCUGAUUGGGAUAUGUAUAAAAUGUAUAUAAACCCAGGCAAGCAGUGCCAUGUUGCAGCUCUCCACUCACUCAUUGGGAGUCUGACUGUGUGUACAUUUGUCAUCAAUAAAGGCUUAGCUUUGCUGCAA